AUGCCACCUCGACGACGUGUGCCUGCUGGUAACAACGACAACAUUUCUGCAAUGGAUCGUAUGGCCCAAGCAAUAGAACGAAUAACUGAGUUUAUGCUGGCUCAGCAAGCCCAGAACCAAAACCAAAGGCAGCCACGGGUUGACUUUGCUAAAGCGAUAGCAAAUCGACAACCACCGUAUUACGCUAGAGAAAAAGAUUCGGUUAUUUUGGUGCAAAACUACCAGGAUGCUAUGGCUAUAUGUCGUUGGAUAAGUUAUCCAAAUCUAUUCAUCACGUUUACUUGCAAUCCUAAGUGGCCAGAAAUUCAGCGUUACUUAGCUAAUUUGGAUUUGAAAGCUAAAGAUAGACCAGACAUUGUUUGCCAAAUUUUUAAGAUGAAGUUGGAUGAUUUAAUAAAGGAACUAAGAUCUAGAGAAUUGUUUGGUCCAGUUAGAGCAGUAAUUUACAUCAUUGAGUUCCAAAAGCGUGGCCUACCGCAUGCUCACAUUCUACUAUUUUUAGCAAACAAUGAUCGGAAUGCGGUGUCUACUUUUAUUGACAAAAUGAUAGCAGUAGAGAUACCAAGUAAAGAAGUUGAUCCAGAAUACUACAACUGUGUGGAAGAAUUUAUGGUCCAUGGCUCUUGUGGACAUGCAAGAAAGAAAUCUCCAUGUAUGUUGAAUGGAAGGUGUUUGAAGCAUUUCCCAAAAAAGUUUGUUGACUACUCGACUUUUGAUGAAGAUGGGUACACAAUAUAUAGGCGUAGAGAUGAUGGUCGUUUUGUUAUGAAAAAUGGUAUUCAAUUAGACAAUAGAUUCGUUGUACCACACAAUAGGUACUUGCUCCUAAGAUAUAGGGCUCAUAUGAACGUGGAAUGGUGUAAUCAGUCAAGAUCAAUAAAAUACUUAUUCAAAUAUGUGAAUAAAGGGAAUGACAGGGUGACUGCUGAGUUCUAUAAAAGUACAUCUGACGCUAAGGGUAAUGAUGUAAUUGAUGAGAUUAACAUGUACUACGGUUGUAGGUACAUAUCAGCAUGUGAGGCUACAUGGCGUCUCUUUAGCUUUGAAGUGCAAUUCAGAACUCCCGCUGUUGAGAGGUUGAGUUUUCACCUACCACAUUGCCAAACAGUAAUUUUUGAAGAUGAUGACCCUGUGGACAACGCACUUAUAAGGGAGACAAUUGCUCAAAGUAUGUUUAAUGGUUGGUUUCAAGCGAAUGAAAGGUUCCUUAAGGCUAAGUUGUUGACUUAUAUUGAGAUGCCAACUAAAUUUGUUUGGAAAAAGGACCUUCGACAAUGGAAUCCAAGAAAGAAAGGUUUUGCUAUAGGUCGUAUUAUCUAUGUACCACCAGGUACUAGAGAGUUGUACUACUUGAGAUGUCUUCUAAACAUAGUUCGUGGGCCUGCAAGUUUUGAGGAAAUAAAGCAGUAUAAUGGUAUACAAUAUACUUCGUUUAGAGAUGCAUGUUAUGCGCGUGGUCUAUUGGAUGAUGAUAAGGAGUAUAUUGAUGCCAUUAAAGAAGCAAGUCAUUGGUCAACUACUCAUUCUAUGAGAAAACUUUUUGUGACAUUAUUGACAUCAAAUUCAUUUAAUAGGCCUGAAAUUGUUUGGAAGGAGGUUUUGGUUUUCUUGGCUGAAGAUGUGCAAUACAAUUAA